AUGACCGGCAGACCAGGAAGCUUGUCUGUCCGGCCAAUUCUUCUGGGGCCGGUCCAGCUCGUGGGCAGCUUCAGUUUGUAUCUGGUGUUGCAAAGCUUGCCUGUGCUGCUUCACAUUGCUUCCUCCUUCCUUACUGGCACUGUGAUGGUCAUCCUGACGGUCGCAGCCUCCUGCUUGCUCGGCUUUCUCUUUCUCGCUCACGUUGCUCGGGCAUACUCUCGUGAGCUGGCUGUGCUGGAACAGCAACUGGCAGACUUCAAGAUCGAGGAUGCGACGUGUUUCUGCUGCACCGUGAACCAUGUGAACAUGGGUCAAGCAAUGUCCUGCGAUCGUCUAGUGAUGUGUCGCUGCAUCGAGUCCUGGUUCGGCAGCCUUGAAGAUUUCGAGCUCUAUGUGCGACAUCACGUGCGGACGGCCGUCUUGAAACAGACGAGCCCCGGACUCCUGUACAGGCUGGUGGUAGAGGCUGCCUGCCCCAUCAUGUGGUUCUUCCUCGACCGAUUGGCUUAUGCCCUUACGAGGGAUUACCUGGAGUUGUAUCCCCUUUGGCCUGUCUCCGUGCUUCUUGAUGCAAUGGUUUGGUGGCUGGCCGUGCUACCAAGCAUCAUCAUCUUUGCAGCGAUGGUGGCCUACUCACUCCGCGCGAAGCGAGGUGGCUUUCUCAUAGACGGUUUGGCGAGCCUUCUGGCCGUGAUCGCCGGCGUGUCUCUCCUCGUCGCAUUCUUCUCUCUUGAUAUGCUUUGCCAGGCAGUGAUACCCAGUCAGCAUCCUGACCUCCUCCCUGCAAAAGCAAGUUUCUCGGUCAUCAUGGUGAUCGUGACUAUCUCUGCACGUUGGACCCUGUCACGCAUGCGAAACGCAGCGUUUUCAAUUUAA